ACACAGCCUAUAAAAACUGAGAGUAGUUACUGUUGUAAGCCUUAUUCCCGCUCCAGCUAGAUCCUGAGUCGAUCAUCAUGGACGGUCCCCUGACAAUGAUGACACGGUCAUUUAUGUUAGCAUUAACGGUGUCCACCGUAACAGGCUUAUGGCAUUCAAAAAGGGAGUCUUGGUCUGCGUUACCAUUGCGACGAGAAACCCAACUGCUUGAAUGUACAUCUUACGUACAGUUACAGCAGAUGGUGAAGAACAGUUUCAAUGAACAUCUGUGGAGUGCAUUCGACCAUAUAGCUCAGACAGGAAAAGCUGUGACGUCGGAUGGUUUACGUGUUUUUUCGAAUCAGUUGUGUAGGAGUCUUGCUAAGGAACUGACGACUAUCGACACCACGAUAGCGUCAUGCUCAAACGUAAAUGAAGUAAGAGCGAACUUGCACGUGAUCGGUGGAUUAUGCACAGCCGAAGGUAGAACCACGCCCUUCCUCGACAGCUUAAUAGCUGACUUUGGGGAAUCCUAUGCCUUUCGUCGUGAAUGUAUGAGCCAAGUUAAUCCGAUUUUGAUGGCUUGUGGACCCGAGAUGAUAGAGCCAUUCAAAGAUAUGGAGGGAGGACCUAAAGCCUACAAGAUGCAGAUUAUUGAUCAAGAGAAAUGUAACGCAAGAGGAUUUGAUGAUAACGACGGUAUGGGUGCAUGUGGCAACAUUCUUAGUCUCAAGAAACUGGCCUGCAUCCUCGACAUUUUCCAUAACCUUGGACCCGGUGUAACUUUCGAUUUGGCAGAUUUUGGUUUUGAUCUCUAACACUAGUUUGCAUCACCUGAAAAAUAAAACGUUUGUAUUGGAUGAUGUGACCCCCUCUUGAGAUGAUUACCACUGUGACGUUUCCAAUUUCAUAUUUAAAACUAAUGCAAGACUUGAUGGAUAUAUAUCAUUCAUGGCCUCAAUUACGUGAUGUCGUGUCCACGAGACUUCAGUUAGUCAUUUAAAUAUCUCAGAAUGUUGCACCAGCACAUACACGUGGGUUGGAAUCCCAAUCUCAAAACUCUCUAUGCUGUUUUGUCAUUUAAAAGUAUUUCACUUUUUUCAAUUAUUUUUUGCUUAAGUGGAUGUUUAUUAUUGUUUUUGUUUUUUUUUUAUUUUUCUUUCCUUAAUGUACAAUAAGAUGGUUUUUCAUGUUACGUA